AUGUCUCCGUUGACAAUCCCCCCAUCACUUAGAAGCACCAUGAAUUGGACAGGAGGUCGUCUUCGACGACACUCGAGCUAUAAAUCAGGAAACAAGAAGCAGAAUCUCAAAAGGCCUAGAGUAGCAGAGUCAAAGGACCCCCGCAUGACACCCUUGCUAAAGAAUGUCUGCCUCCACGAAGGAAGUCGAGCUAUAGAUUCAUGCGAUCAGCCAAGCCAGCAGAUCAAGUCUGGCCAUAGCUCCUCUCUCUCGUGCCCAGCAAAGAAACCACGUCUCGCAUCACCUACGCAGGAGUCCUCACAAGCAGACCAGAAUUUAGCAAUGAUUAAGCAUAAGCUGCUAGAGAAGACUGACUGGGCAUCGGUUGCAGCAGCACGACCACUUACGGUGCUGUUUCCUCCAGCAGAAGCUUUACGGAACUUCGGGAGGCGGAGAAAAAUAACGAAUGAUGACUGUGAGAGGCUGGGGUCUUCUGUCCUGCGUCCAAAGCUUACCUACCGCCCUAAGCAUCGCGGAGGUGCAGAGCCUGUUACGGAGAGUAUACAGAACCUGGACAUAAGGAUAAAUGGGCAACCCGUUGGAGCUUACUAUCCGAGGUGCAAUGGCCCGUCAACUGAUACUACAUCGCAGUCAAUGCUUUUAGACCAUGAGUUCGCUCCUACAAUGCCGAAGCCCCCUGUUCAUGAGUAUGUUUGUGAGAAUAUCGGCGUGGGAAGCUCAGUCGUUGAGGAAUCUAGGAUACUGGGCUCUUCCAGCGUUUCACCUUUAUAUGUGUCGUCUUCCGAUGGAGGAUUGUCCCUCCGGAGUAAUUUCAUGGUCCAGGGCUCGGAUCAGUCCAUCCAUGAGUCUAAGGGCAAGGAACAACUCGAGGUUAGAGGUUUGGAAUUACUACAGUCAGCCGACGCCAGCCCAGAAGUUCAAGAAGCGUGGACUCCGAUCAGGAGACGAUUUACGCUCGACGACCAGAUUCGCGCUGAAGAGGAGAGAAAGGCGAAGGCCGCUUACGACACAUCCUUGGAGAUAGACGAUUGCUCGACUGCUCAUCUGUUUCUCCGGGGCCCUUUUAACCCAAGACUCUCUUCAUCAGCUGCAAGUAGCGGUUGGCAGCGAGGAUCUAUGCAGGAUUCUAUGAGCACAUCAUCGACAUUGAACCACUCAAGUUAUGGUUGGCUCCCAGAACCGCGCCAGAACAUACAACGACUUAUAUCACAGAGACCAGAUGAGGGAGACAUUGAUGUGCCUAGUGGAUCUAGACAACGAAGCACCAGGCUCGCUCCGCCACGUACAGCAAUAAAGCAGAUCACCCCCUCCUUGGUAAUAUUUGGCCAGUCUGUUGAUCUCGAUAGCGGUCUAUUCGCUAAGCACAUUGAGCACGGGGAUGAGCAGCAGCAGGCUCAACACGGUUUCACAUGUUCUCCCACCACAAUUUAUGAAGCUAACUGUAAUAUAUCAACGGAUAACUAUCCGUCCAAGAUGACACAUCUCCGUCGGCCAGAUGACUUUGCAUUCUCACCGAACAUGGUCAAGUCUAGAAAGCCCACCGUAGCGCCAAAGACCGCAAGAAUAUACAUCGAUCAAGCAUGCGCUUCUCCUCUCUUAAGAACAGCGGUACCGGGACGGGAGUUUUCUGGAAUGAACCGGGAGGGUCAGCGUGCCCAGGAAUUGACCAAUCGAUACAGUUUAUACAACUAG